AUGGAGGUGCAGCUUGUUGGUUUGGAUGAAGAGAGCUCAGAAUUCAUUUGCAGGAACACCUUUGACCACCCCUACCCUACCACCAAGCUUAUGUGGAUCCCAGACACCAAGGGAGUAUAUCCAGACUUGCUGGCAACUAGUGGUGACUAUCUGCGAGUGUGGAGAGUGGGUGAAACAGAGACCCGGCUGGAGUGUUUGCUGAACAACAACAAGAACUCUGAUUUCUGUGCUCCACUCACAUCAUUUGACUGGAAUGAAGUGGAUCCUUAUCUUCUAGGUACAUCUAGUAUUGACACAACCUGCACUAUUUGGGGUCUGGAGACAGGACAAGUUCUGGGAAGAGUAAAUCUGGUCUCUGGCCAUGUGAAAACCCAGCUUAUUGCACAUGACAAAGAGGUCUAUGACAUUGCGUUCAGCCGGGCGGGCGGUGGCAGAGACAUGUUCGCUUCCGUCGGUGCAGAUGGUUCAGUGAGGAUGUUUGAUCUCCGUCACCUGGAGCACAGCACCAUCAUUUAUGAGGACCCCCAGCACCAUCCAUUGCUGCGUCUCUGCUGGAAUAAGCAGGAUCCCAACUAUCUUGCCACAAUGGCCAUGGAUGGUAUGGAGGUUGUGAUUCUAGAUGUCAGAGUUCCCUGCACUCCUGUUGCCAGGUUAAACAACCACAGAGCGUGUGUAAAUGGAAUUGCUUGGGCACCUCAUUCGUCCUGCCACAUUUGCACAGCUGCGGAUGACCAUCAGGCUCUCAUCUGGGAUAUCCAGCAGAUGCCUCGUGCCAUUGAGGACCCUAUCUUGGCCUAUACAGCAGAGGGAGAAAUCAACAAUGUACAGUGGGCAUCAACUCAGCCAGACUGGAUAGCUAUCUGCUACAACAACUGCCUGGAGAUUUUGAGGGUGUAACACUACUGCUUCAUGCCACAGUGAGGCAGGGCUGUGUAACUUCCCUUCCCCUCUAAAGUAAGAACAAGGCAAGUCAAGUGGCCAGUAUCUGUUGUUGCUUUGCAUCUACUGUUACAAGGAACUGUUACAAGAAUCAAAGGCAGGUUUCUCCUGUCUCUCCAAGACUCUAAAAUGCAGAGACGUGCUGAGCCUCUUGGACCUUCUGGGUUCUGGUUUCCUUCUUUUUCCCCUCAGUUAAAGUUCUGUAUAUUUGUUUGACUGUAUUAAGAAGCUUGCAGGCUUUUAAGUUGCAGCAUAUGUCCCUGUGUUUGUCAGCCAGCUGAGGUAGCACAUCAACUAGUUUAAUAGAUGCAGGUGCAAAACAAAGUGUGGGGGGGGAAAAAGACACUGUUAGCCACCUUGGCAGGAAUCUUUAGCAUUCCUGUUGUUGCUGCCUCUAAACUGUUGAAACAUUUGUAUGUUUUUUAUAUAUUGGGCUAUAACUUUCUAUUGAGUAAGGUGGUUUUUUUUCCUUCCCUAAUUCUUACUUUUGAUAUGUGAUCCAUUUCCAGAUGCCCAAAGCAGGAUCUGUUCCUUGAUACAACACUGCAGGCUCCCUGGCAGUAAAGGCCUGCCAGAAUUAACUGUUGCCUUGGCUCUUAUACCUGGUGACCUGGGCAGAAUUUCCUGGUGCUGUGAAGUACAAGUACUUGUUGCACAAUUUCUUUACACUUCUCUGAUGCUAGAGGCAGUUGUUACUAUGGUAGGCCUUAUUUUUAACUUAUAA